AUGCUGCUUCGUUUACCAAAUGAACUGCUACAGUGCAUCGCAGGGGAUCUAGAAUUCGCGGAGCAUAUAAAUGCUUUUGCUCGAACAAAUGCCCGUCUUUACAAUCUCAUAAAUCCAUACCUUUAUCGCUACAACGUACAACAACGUGGAAGUUCAGCAUUAUUGUGGGCUGCAAAACAUGGACAAGAGGCAACAACCCAAAAGCUGCUGAAGGAAGGAGCUCAUGUUAAUUCUCUAUCUGAAUCGAACCAGACGCCGCUAACGCUAGCGGCGGCAAACGGCCAUGAGGUGGUGGUGAAGCUACUGCUCGCCACGGAAGAUGUCAAUCUAAACCCCAACGAUAAUUACGGACGGACGCCUCUUAUUUUAGCAGCAGAGAAUGGACAUGAGCCAGUACUCAGGCUGCUGCUCGUCAAGGAAGGCGUCGACCUAGAUUCUAAGGAUUCUCAGGGAGGGACGCCCCUAUCAUUCGCAGCAGAGUCUGGACAUGAGACAGUAGUCAAUCUAUUGCUCGCCACGGAGGGCGUUGACCCAGACUACAAGGGUCAUGAUGGACGGACGCCACUGUCGUUCGCCGCACACGCUGGACAUGAGGCAGUGGUCAGGUUAUUGCUCGCCACGGAGGGCGUCAACCUAGACUCCAAGGAUUCUGGGGGACAGACGCCGCUGUCGUACGCAGCCACGACUGGACGCGGGGCAGUGGUCCAGCUACUUCUCUCCAUGGAGGGUGCCGACCCAGAUUCAAGGGAUUGUUACGGACGGACGCCACUAUCAUUCGCAGCAGAGUCUGGACAUGAGACAGUAGUCAAUCUAUUGCUCGCCACGGAGGGCGUUGACCCAGACUCGAAGGAUCAAUAUGACCGGACCCCGCUGUCAUUCGCGUCUUGUUAUGGAUAUGAGACAGUAGUCAAGCUAUUACUUGCCACGGAGUCUGUUGACCCAGACUCUAAGGAUAAAUACGACCGGACGCCGCUGUCGUUCGCAGCAGGGGGCAGACAUGAAGCACAUGAGGCAGUAGUCAAGCUAUUGCUCGCAACGGAUGAGGUUGACCUAGACUCUAAGGAUCAUGACGGACGUACGCCGCUGUUGUACGCAGCACGGGCUGGACGUGAGGCAGUAGUCAAGCUACUGCUCGCCGCGGAGGGCGUUGACCCCGACUCCAGGGAUCAUCGCGGACGGACGCCGCUGUCGUUCGCAGCACAGGCUGGACAUGAGGCAGUAGUCAAGCUACUGCUCGCCGCGGAGGAUGUUGACCCCGACUCCAGGGAUCAUCGCGGACGGACGCCGCUGUCGUUCGCAGCACAGGCUGGACAUGAGGCAGUAGUCAAGCUACUCCAGUGA